AUGGAGGGUGGCACUAUUACUCAAAAGUCUGAGCACAACAAUGAUACACCCAGCUUGUCUUCUUCACAGUCAUCUUCCUACGUACCUGUCAAACUAGAAGAAUACGAAACAUCAGGCUUCAGCAUCAAGAAGCUUCUCACAAAAGCCAAAGAGAACUGCAACUUCAGCCAACAGAGUAUUGUCACCUUCUUCCUUCAGCUCUUCCCAGUAGUUGAAUGGCUUCCUCGUUACAAGAUCAAAGAACAACUGCUGGGGGACAUCAUCUCAGGCUUGUUGGUAGGAGUCGUUGCCAUCCCUCAAUCAAUCUCCUAUGCCAUCCUUGCAAGCCAGGAUCCCAUUUAUGGGAUCUACACCAACUUCUUCUGUGCCAUUAUUUACUUUGCCAUGGCUACCUCACGCCAUAAUUGUGUCGGUUCUUUUGGGGUCCUGUGCCUGAUGAUUGGGGAAUCAGUAAACCGGCAACUUAGGCUAGCAGGAUACGAACUGGACUCUGACACAGAUUUUUUGGCCAAUGCCACGAUGAAUGGGACAGUGGUCUGUGACAAAGGUUGUUAUGCAAUCACAGUGGCAACCACUCUAGGUUUUUUGGUUGGGCUUUAUCAGAUCCUUCUAGGGGUCUUCCAGUUGGGCUUCAUCUCAGUGUAUCUCUCAGAACCUCUUCUGAGUGGGUUUGUGACAGGGUCCUCCCUUACCAUUCUCACGUCCCAAAUGAACCUUCUGUUGGGACUGAAGAUCCCUCGACAUGAUGGAGUGGGCUCCCUUGUUUUAACAUGGGUUGACAUCUUCAGAUAUAUUGGCAAGACCAACAUCUGUGAUUUGGUCACCAGCCUUGUGGCUUUAGCUCUCAUUGUGCCAGUAAAGGAAAUCAACAAUUUAUUUAAGGACAAAAUGAAGGCUCCAUUUCCCAUGGAACUCCUGGUGGUCAUUGCAGCUACACUACUGUCACAUUUCCUUAACUUCAAUGAAAGAUACAAGUCUAAAAUUUGUGGUACAAUUCCCACUGGUUUCAAACCACCUGCUGUCCCAGAUCUGAGCCUUGUGUCCAAUCUGGCACUUGAUGCUCUACCCAUUGCCAUAAUUGGUUUUGCUAUGACUGUCUCACUUUCAGAAAUAUUUGGCAAGAAACAUGGCUAUUCUGUCCGGGCCAACCAAGAGAUGAUUGCCCUUGGGAUGGGAAAUCUGAUCCCAUCUUUCUUCUACUGCUUUGCUACCUGUGCAGCCUUGUCAAAGACUUUGCUGAAAGAAUCAACUGGAUGUCAUACUCAAAUAUCAAGCUUGGUAUCUUCAGCUGUGUUGCUCCUAGUAUUGUUGUGGAUUGCCCCUCUCUUCUAUUCACUGCAAACUUGCAUUUUAGGUGUGGUUACAAUUGUUAAUCUCAGGGGAGGAUUGCGGAAAUUUGCUGAUAUACCCAAGAUGUGGCGGAUCAGCAAAAUGGACACUAUAGUCUGGUGGGUAACCAUGCUUUCCUCAUCACUGAUCUCCACAGAACUGGGCCUUCUGACAGGAGUCUGCUUUGCUCUGCUCUGCAUCAUCUUCCGCACCCAGCGGCCCCGAGCCACCCUUCUAGGUAAGGUGAAUGACUCAGAAAUCUAUGAGGAUCAGUUUACUUACAAGUGGAUCAGUAGCAUUGCAAAUAUCAAGAUCUUCCGCUUUGAUACCUCUCUUUACUAUGCAAACAAGGACUACUUCAAAAGUUCACUUUUCCAGAAAACAGGGGUGAAUCCUUCCCUAGUUGCUGCUAUGCAACAAAAAGCUCAAGCUAAAGCAAACCUAAGCAAAAAUGAAAAUUGUUUUUCUUCCAGGUUGAACUGCCUAAGGGGAACCAAGACCCCAAAGGCUUCAGCAGAUGGUCCUGGUACCUCUAUAGAUAUGCAUACCUUGAUCAUUGACUGUGGAGCCAUGCAGUUUAUAGACAGUGUAGGCCUUAGUGUGCUGAAGGAGACUCGCCAAGAUUACAAGAAGAUUGGUAUCCAGGUCCUGCUGGCCAAUUGUAACCCCUCCAUACGGCGUUUGCUCCAGGCAGGAGGUUGGCUCACUGGGAUGCCAGAUCCAGAGCUGCUCUCAUUCCACAGUAUCCAUGCUGCUGUGCAGUUUGCCGAGACACAGGACCAAGAUCAACAGACAGAGAGCACAAUGGUAAAAGAUGCCCUCAGCCCAGAAGCCAAGGAUGUUUCAACAGCCUUGACUCUGGAAGGACCCCUAUAG